AAAUUGUUUAAAUCGACAUUUGCAAUAAAAAAAACACUGCGCAAAAAAAAAACAAAAUAAAGCACAAAACGUUGCAUUACGAAAUCAACAAUAUAUAACAACGAAAUUCAAUGUAAACCGAAACUUAAGUUCUCCAAAAAUCAAUAAGCAGCAAAACAGCAAGCAGCAAAGGAGCAGAGACAGAGGCUGCGACAACGCAGCGACAGCAGCAGGAAGAACAAGCACAGCGCAACUGGCUGAACAAGAACCGUAAAAGCUUUACCACUUAAGGCGAAGCUUCAAAGUGCAGUUAAACGCAGCCAGCACGCAACAGCAACGCAAGGCAGAACGAAAACAAAAACAAAAGCAAAACAAAAAGUGAAAAGUUAAAUUUACAUAAUUCAUUGGCCACUGCGACAGCACUUAAGAGAGUGAGAGCAAGGGAGAGAGAGAGACAAAGAGACAAAGAGAGCGUGCAAGAUGCCCUCAUUGUUGGAGGCGCUUGAGCGCAAGUAUUUCGCCGAAUGCGAAUUCGAGAACGCCAAUCAGCCAGAGCUGCACAAGCGCUCCGAUCUGCCCAAUGAUUUUACAGUUACCAAAUGUGGCGGCCGCAUGGAGUUCUCCAUAUUCAUACCCCGCCUCUCGCCACUGACCAGCGUGCCCGCUCUACUGGUGCUCAACGACUGCGACAUCGACUGCGCCGGCGAUUUCGAUAGCAUACGGGAAAAAUGUCAGCGUGUGCGGGAGCUGGACCUGGCGCAGAACAAGCUGCAGGACUGGCACGAGGUGUUCAACAUACUGAAGCAUAUGCCGCGCAUUGAGUUUCUCAAUUUGAGCAAGAAUCAGCUAAUGAAUGUGCCCAGUGCGCUGCAGGCGGCGCCAACGAUCAAUCUCAAGAAUCUGGUGCUCAAUGGCACCUACCUGGACUGGAUGUGCGUGGAUGCGCUGCUGCAGAACUUGCCGGUGUUGCAGGAGUUGCAUCUGAGCUUGAACAACUACACAAGCGUGCUGCUAGAUGCAGCCGAACCGGGCAGCUGCCAGUGUGUGCCACAGACAGAAAACGAAACAGAAACUAAAACGGAAACGGAAACGGAACCGGAAACAGAAACCGAGUCAUGUUGCAACCUGUGCCAAGGUCGUCGCAAGCUAACACAAGCACAUGCCGCGCUGAAGACUCUUCACUUUACCGGCAAUCCCAUCGAGCAUUGGCAAGAGAUCUGUCGUCUCGGACGACUGUUUCCCAGCUUGGAGGCAUUGGUACUCGCCGAAUGCCCCAUCAAAUCGCUGCAGGCAGCAAACGCAGCUGAAUUGGAUUCGGCCACUGCCAGCGAGAGCCACAAAUACUUUCCCUGCCUCAAGCUACUCAAUCUCAGCUGUGCUCAGCUCAACAGCUGGGCGGACAUCGAUGAGCUGGCCAAAUACGAGCAGCUCCAGAAUCUGCGCGUCAAGCAUUGGCCCCUGUGGGAGACUCUGGAGUGCACAGAGCACGAACGUCGCCAGCUGCUCAUUGCCCGACUGCCAAAUGUUUCCAUGUUGAAUGGCGGCGGCAAGAUCAGCGUGGACGAGCGCGUGGAUGCGGAGCGGGCCUUUGUGCGUCACUACAUGGACAAGCCGGAAGCGGAGCGUCCGGCACGCUAUGCCGAGCUACUCGCGGUGCACGGCCAAUUGGAUCCCUUAGUCAAUGUCAAUCUGAAGCCCGAGAAGCGUGUCAAAGUCAACUUCACGUACAACGAUGUCAGCGAAAGUCGCUUUGUGGACAUCUAUUUGACGGUGAACGAUCUGAAGAUCAAACUGGAGAAGCUCAUCAGUCUGGCGCCCAAUAAGAUGCGUCUCUACUAUCUCGAUCAGGACUACAAGGAGUUGGGCCCGGAGGAGAUGCGCUAUCCCAAUAAACAGCUCUACAGCUACAACAUACAAUCGGGCGAUGAGAUCAUCAUAGAUGCCAAGAAGUAAAUCCGGAAAGCGGAUCGCAUAUUGGCAUGAAGAUUCCUGGAUACGUUGCCAACGGGCGGUGCUAAGAGCAACAAUUUGUGAUCUUGUAUCAAGCUUCUACAGACGGAUACAAAAACCCAACCAGCAUACAUAAAUACAUAUAUCUAUCUAUAUAUAUACAUACACACACCUACACACACACAUAAAUAUA